UUGUCAUCAUGGCAUCUGAUUCGAAUGUUCGCCUUGGUCUUGAUAUUGUCCAGCCAAACGGCAAAAACGGAGCAACAAUCUCCCAGUCAAUCCAAUAUCUUGACAUUCAUAUACGAUUUUCUCAAGGAUGGCCAGCAGAGAUUGAAUUCGGAGAACCAAGACAAUGAGGUGAAGUUGGCGAAGGAAUACGAUUUCAUUGUGGUGGGUGCGGGAACGGCAGGUUGUGCCUUGGCUGCGAGGUUGUCGGAGAUACGAAAUUGGUCAAUUCUCUUACUGGAGGCUGGAGGUCCAGAACUUUUGCCCAUGGAUAUACCCAUGAUGGCCCAUCUCUGGCAAGGCAACCCUUAUUUGGACUGGAACUAUCGCACCCAACCAUCGAAGGAAUAUUGUUUGGCCAUGAGUGGCGCCCAAUGUCAUUUCACGCGAGGCAAGGUGAUGGGAGGAUCGUCGGUGUUGAAUUACAUGAUUUAUACCCGAGGUAGUCGCUGGGAUUAUGACAACUGGUCGAGAAUGGGAAAUCUGGGAUGGAGUUAUGACGAGGUGUUGCCAUAUUUUAAGAAACUUGAGGACUCAACGGUCCCAAAUGCAGAUGCCGGAUACGUGGGUCAUGGCGGCCCAGUGAAAGUGACUUCCAUCAAAUAUCGCACACCCAUUGCCAAGGCAUUUGUCCAAGCCGUGCAGGAGGAUGGUUUGCCUUAUGUGGACUAUAAUGGCCGACAUCAAAUUGGAGUUUCCUAUUUGCAGACCACCACGGAUCAGAGUUAUCGCUGGAGCUCAAAUCGUGCAUAUCUUUAUCCGCUGAAAGGGAAACGUCCCAAUUUGCACAUUCGGAAAUAUAGCCAUGUGACCAGGAUACUAAUUGACCCCCACACAAAAAUCGCGUAUGGUGUAAGGUUCGAGUCGCAGGGUAAAAUCUACGAAAUUCAGGUCCGGAAGGAAGUCAUUAUCUCGGCGGGAGCCAUAAACACCCCACAACUGCUAAUGUUAUCCGGGGUGGGACCCAGACAACAUUUACAGAAACUUGGCAUAGAAUCCCUAGUGGACCUACCAGUGGGUCACAAUCUCCAGGAUCAUUUGGCGGCAGGUUUGAAUUUCCACAGCCAGGCCCCGACCCUUAAAAUUUCGGAAUUUUUUAAUCUAAGUGUGAUCCUAAACCUUUCAAACGGCCUGAGUCCGCUAAAUCUACCGGGAGGCGUGGAAGCUUUGGCAUUUCAUGAUUUGUCACAGCCCGGCAAUCCAAAUGGUUGGCCAGACAUUGAGUGGUUUCUAAGCAGCGGUGCCCUCUACUCAAAUCCUCGGAUUUGCCAAAGUUUGGGUAUAAGGCCAGACAUUGUGGCCUCCCUUUACGCCAAGGCCAUAGAAGAAGACCUCAAUGUUUUCAUGAUCUUCGUUAAACUUUUGCGGCCACGCAGCAAAGGUAAAAUCCUGCUAGCCAGUAGAGAUCCAAAACAACCUCCCCUAAUUUACCCGAAUUUCCUCAAGGACCCCCAAGACAUCGAUACCCUGGUGCGUGGCAUGCAAAAGGCCAUUAAUCUAAUGGCCACACCAACAAUGCGUCGUUUGAAUGGCACAUUUUUACAACAAAAAAUUCCAGGAUGCCAACAUUUUCGGGACAUCACCUCCCGAGGCUACUUGGAGUGUUAUGUACGUCAUCUAAGUUUUACAAUUUACCAUCAAUCGGGUACGGCCAAAAUGGGUCCCAAAUGGGACAGGGAAGCGGUGGUUGAUCCGCGUCUGAGGGUUUAUGGUGUUCAAAGGCUAAGAGUGGUCGAUGCCAGCAUUAUGCCCAGCAUCAUUGCUGGACAUCCCAACGGGCCGAUUUUUAUGAUUGCCGAAAAGGCAGCAGACAUGAUUAAGCAAGAUCAUGGAGAAUUGUGAAAAGGUGGAA